AUGACCGCAGAUACGAGGAACAGCCGCGACCAGGAGCCCCGAGCCCACACGGCUUGCCGGAGCUGCACGUGUUCGACCCAAAGGCCCCCAAAAGCGCCGCGCCAACAGAUCGGAAGCCCGCGCCCGAUGACUCGCUCGGUGGCGCGCGCCAGUGCUCGGAAGCGGCGGCGGCGCCGGCCCCUCUCGAUGAUGACUGCCGUUGCUCCUUGCUUCCAGCAACGCGCCGACGCCGACACACGCCUCCAGACACGCUUUCGCUGCCCUCAAGACGAACCGAUCGGCGAUGAGAAGGGCGGGUGUGACCCUAACCAUUGGAGAAACUUCGGAUGUCGCCACGGCCGCGUGCUCCUAUACAGCCUGAAGGAGAAGGAGAUGGUUGUGUGGGAUCCCCCAACAGGCGACCACCGCUGGGUUGCCGUUCCGCCGGAGUUGGAUAACGGAGAGCGGAUGAUCUGGAACGGCGCGGUACUCUGCGCUGCUGCCAGCGACCACAGCCACGUCCACGGCGGCUUCUGCUCCUGCCCCUUCAAGGUUGCCAUGGUUGGUGUCACCCGCAAUCACACACAGGUGUUUACCUGCAUUUACUCAUCACAAACAGGCAAAUGGAGCAAUCUCGUCUCAGCAGCUGUUCCGUUUGUGGUUUAUUAUGUUGGUCGUCCCGGCGUCCUGGUUGGCAAUGCCUUGUAUUGGAUGCCUCUUGGUCAUGGCUAUGGCAUUGCUGAGUUUGAUUUGGACACACAUACUCUAGCGUUGGUUGAAUGUCCUUCUGGUGCAGAAGUUUCGAAGGGCGGUUGUCGAAUCUUGCUAGCACAAAAUGGCGUUCUGUGCCUGGCCAUUCUGUCAGGUCACAGGCUCCAAAUGUGGGAGAGGAAGGUUUGUUCCGAAGGUGUUGCUAGCUGGGUGCUGAGGAAGUCUGAUAAGCUGCAGAAGGAAGAUUCUUGGGCAGAGUUCUAG